AUGUCCCGCUUCUGCAUUGUGCUGCUGGGCUGUACCUUCUUGCUGGGGCUUCUCUGUCUCACAGAGACCAGGGACAAGCGCAGCAUGCCCAACUGGAGCCUGACAGCCUCCGACUUCUUCGGCUGGGUGGAGAACCUGCGUGCCCAUGCUGGCUACGACAAGAUUGAAGAUUUGGCCAGAACCUUCUGGGCCCAUUUCCCCUCUGCCAGCCGGCUGGGCUAUGACACCCCAGAUGAGGAGUGAAGAGGAGAAGAAAGUAGAGACAGACUGGAAACACCCAUGCUGCCUUCCCCUACCCCUCAUUCACCUUCCUCACUCUCAUCCACCUUACUAACCAGCCACCCUGCC